CCGACACACUUGGUUAUUCUUCUGAAAUGUGAUGUUUAUUGCGAACGACUGUCCACUGAUUCUCACCCUCUUUUGUCUCGAUGCUUGACUGUUUCCCCCUUUUUGUCGAAAAUUGACAACUGAGUGCACGCGACAUCCGAGUGAGCGUGCAAAAGUGAACUGGCCAUCAUGGAAGGCGUAGCCGUUGUCACGAUGGCGACGACUGCACACGCAACGCUUCGUUGCAGCAGCACCGAUGGAGCCAAGAAGAAGACGCCGUCGAGGCUUGAGAAGCAAGCAUCGUCCAAUAUCACAAGGAACAAGUCGGCGUCGUCGUUGAAGAGCUCGGUGUUCCUCGUCCUUUUGGCGCUACAGAUCGGCAUCCAACCAGAGCUGAUGAAAUGGUACGCAAAGGACGCAACGAAUGUGUCUCUCCGCAUCACGGUCAUCGGCAUCCUCAAGAUUCUCGUCGCGUUGGUGCCGCUGGUGUGGUCCGGCGAGUGGCGGUGCGAGUUUUCGUCGUGGUCGUCCCGCGUCGCGCUCCGCACGACCGUACUUCCGGCGCUCAUCUACUCGGUCCAGGACUACCUGAAUCAAACAGCAGUGGUGAUUCUCGACGGGGUCACGUACAAUGUGCUCAACCAGACCAAAAUCAUCUGGACUGCGCUGUUGGUGUACGUCAUGCUGGGCCAGAAGCAAUCGAGUGUGCAGAUCGUGGCGCUGGUGGUGCUCGUGGCGUCCGCCGUGCUGAUCGCUGUUGGCGGACACUCACACGACGGAAGCCAAGCCAAGUCUUCGAUAGAAGAUGACGUGCUGCGCGUCACAGGCAUGGGUCGGGCUGCGAUCGCCGCGGUGCUAUCGGCGUUUGCCGGCACAAUCAUCCAGAAAGCGCUGCAGAAAGAAGCCAGGAACGCGUACAUGGUCACGCUGGAGCUGAGUGCGAUCAACAUUGCAUGCUGCGUGUGGUCGAAUGUAGCGAACCGCAUCACUUCUUCGUCGACGUCUCAUCAAGACGAGGGGGCGGCGGCGGCUUCCCUGUGGACUGGGUGGACCUUCAUGACGUUUGUGACGCUGCUGGUCCAAGCGUUGGGCGGUGUUCUAGUGGGGUUUGUGAUCAAGUACAGUGGCAACAUCAAGAAGAGCUUUGCUGUCGUGGGCGGGCUGCUGCUCACCGCCGCGUGCGAGUCGGUUGUGAACGAGACCGAGUUUGGCGUCACCGGCUACAUCGCGACGGGGCUGGCCACGCUCAGCACGAUGCUGUACACCAAGUUCCCACCUACAGCCUCUGCACCAACUCCGCAGUUAAGGAAGACGGAAGACGCAUCGGCCAGCGACGAGUCCACCGAGUCGUCCUCAGAUGACGAACACAAUCCUGCGAAACGGUUGAUUCCGGCAGCAUGAGGAUGAUGGCCCUAGUGGCAUGGAAUAUUAUUUAGCCCACAUGAAAUGUAUUUAGACAACGUGUAAUCUACAUCGAGUUUGAA